AUACCUGGAAUACUUUUAAUACGAAGGUUACAGAUUCAUUACAAUACGUCAACCCCAAGUGAAAGAAACAUAGCUGGACAGAAAAUGAACGAUUCAGUAGGCUUUCUUGCAACCGUUCUAACUCAAUCUUUACUAAUAUCCUCCUUGGUACAACCGAACACCAAUUUCACCAAUUAUGGCCAAUACCAACCGCAGCAGCCAAUCAUCGCUCUCCAAGAUCCUAUAAGAGACCCGUGGUCGAGAAUCAAUGACAAAGGAGUCAGAGUGCCGGUGGCAAUAGGAGCUUCGCAGCACGCCAAUGGCCAAGCUGCAAUGGAGAACUUCGGCCCUUUCGACUAUCGAGACGGCGAAACAAGACGAGUUAUUCAUGUACUCAAUAGCUCAUCUGCCAAGCUCGUACUCCGCCCAGUUCCACGUUUGCGUCCUGCUUAUCGAUACGCAGUUGCCAACAAUAAUAACCAGCUUCCCACUAUCUCCAACCAGCUUCCUUAUGAUCUAGUCAGCGAUCUGGGAAAUGACUCUGCAGGUCUGCCUGUGAACAGUGGUACGAACGACUCUAUUCGCAACCCUGCCAACCAUUCUACAGCACUUUCAGGGGACAAUGACAUGAACGACUUAGACCGUUACUCGGAAAUCGAUUCUACAGCACUCCUGACGAAUAACGCAGCGACUGAUUCCAAUAUAGUUGCUGCAGCAAGUUACAUGACCCCCCAGCCCUCUUGGGAUGGUGUCUCAAAUGACAUCCUAAGAGUCCCUAUCGCUGCGACAACGGCUACUCAAGACACCCAACCAAGCUUAAUGGUCGGCAGAGUUGAGUUGCCCUUAAUUGAGGGUCCGGUGGCCGUAAUUCCGGGCAAGCCCAAGCGCCGUAAAUCAUGCUCAUUCUCGGAGUCAGUCCUCGUUCGCGAUCUCAUCACUGGAAGAGAAAGAAAACGAAUAUCGACGGACGAUUUUCCCGACUGUGUGAGAACAAAGUAUAGAAGCCGAUGGAGAAUCCUUAUGUCGAUGGAUAAAAAGGAACGAGGCACAAUAGUCGGAUACGAAAGCGGUGAUAGCGAUCUGGACUUCAGCGAAUGGGAAGAGGCUAAAGAGAAGAGAACCAAGAGGACCACCAAGAAGAGAAAGCUUUCUCGUCGUUGAGACUUGCCAACAUCAAGGAUCCACCUCUUACACCGUCGACCCUAAGAAGUCACGUAAAAUUGGAAGGAGGGGAUAAUUUGAACGCUUAGAAGAGAAAUGUUAAGGAGAAUAAUUUGGGAUCAUUGUGUUGACUUUUGCACCUGGAGUUGAGGAGGAUUGAGUUGCAUAGCGCUGGUGUUUCGGGGCGAUAUCCAGCAAGAAUGGGGUCUUUUGUACAGAUGUCCAAUUACA